AUGCUCGUGACGAAGGAAGCCUCAGCCGUAGCCGCCGGCUGCUCAACCGAGGUCAUGGAGCCAACCACACCCCCCAUGUCUCGGUCGCGGCCCUGGAAGACGGACUCAACCAUUGAGACCGACACCAGUUCAUCUAACCCAUCACCCAAGGACACACCGUUUUCCUCAACUGCAAGCUCUCGGGAGAACUCGGAAGGAACCCGCCCCUCGUCUCCUUCUUUUCAUGAAGCAGAGGAUGACUCCUUCCAUGAUGCUGAGGAGCAGCUCGAGAAGAACCAACUUGGUGACAACGAAGAUAACGAGGAUGAGGAAGAGGAUGCGUACCGUGAAUGGAAACUGAACCCGGAGCAACCCCGAACAAUCUCCCAGAAGAAGCGGGCGGACCAGGCCCUUCUCCAGGACUUCGCAAAGACCGCGACUUUGUCAGAGACUCAGGCAAGACUGAUCGAUGAUCUCUCUGUGGCCGGUCUUAUCAAGAAAGACAUCCAGAAGACCAUCCAGUCUCCGCGCGAGUACCAGAUCGAGCUGUUUGAGAGAGCAAAGGAUAAGAACAUCAUUGCAGUUCUGGAUACCGGAUCUGGAAAAACCCUCAUCGCUGCACUUUUGCUGCAGCAUGUUCUGGAAAAGGAAGUCGAGGAUCGCGCGAUCGGGAAGCCGAAGCGCAUUGCUUUCUUCUUGGUCGACAAAGUAUCCCUCGUCUUCCAGCAACAUGCCGUCCUUGAAUGCAACCUGGACCACCCCGUGGCCCGAUUCUGCGGAGAUAUGAUCGACGCAAUGUGGUCUCACGAAUUUUGGAACCAGCAGUUCGAGGAAUACCGCGUCGUGGUCUGCACUGCAGCCAUCCUUCAGAAGUGCCUUGCGCAUUCUUACAUCCGUAUGGAACAGAUCAACUUGCUCAUCUUCGACGAGGCGCAUCACACGAAGAAAGAUCAUCCCUACGCCCGCAUCAUCAAGGACUACUACAUCAAGGAGCCGGACAGAGAAAAGAGGCCAAAGAUAUUUGGCAUGACCGCCUCCCCCGUGGACGCUCAAACCGACGUCAAGAUAGCGGCUGCGCGCCUUGAGGGUCUCCUACAUAGUAGUAUCGCCACAAUCCCGGAAGACGCCAUAUCCUUGAAACCACAUGUCCGCAAGAUCACGGAAAAGGAGGUUCACUACAGCACUCUACCAAUGCCAUUCGAGACCGAGUUGUUUCGCAAGAUUUGCAGUCUUGUUCGGCACAACUACCACUUUGGCAAAGAGCUGCUCUUUGCGCGCCAGUCUACAUCGUUUCUUGGCCCAUGGCUCUCCGACCGCUUGUGGCAGCUGUUUCUCACGGACACGACGAUCUCGCGACUGACAAUGAGGACCGACAUGACAUAUUACGGUCUCGACAUGAGCGGCAAAGAGACGGCAGCCGUCCAAAAACUGAGGGAGACCGUGAAGGACCAUCAGUUCAAGCCUGCCGAACCGAAUCUCGACCACGUUUCCAUCAAGGUUUUACGACUUUGGGAGGAGCUGAAGGCCCGAUACACUAAGCCUACAGAUCGCAAAUGCAUCGUCUUCGUGGACAUGCGACUGACAGCACUUCUACUCACUGACUUGUUCAAGCAGGAGGGAAUGAGACUGCCUUACCUCAAUCCAGCCGUGUUGAUCGGCAGUCGCCCAGAUGGCGGAGUUGCCAACAUGUCCUUUGCGGAACAGGCCAGGACCAUCUCCAAGUUCAGACACGGCGAUAUCAAUUGCCUCUUCGCGACUCAGGUAGCCGAAGAGGGCAUUGACAUUCCUGGCUGUAGCCUCGUCAUCCGAUUUGACCUCUAUCGGUCUGCCAUUCAGUACAUUCAAUCAAAGGGACGGGCGCGUCAAGACAACUCCGAAUACUUGACGUUCAUCGAAGGGGGCAACGGCAGACAUAGUCGAACGAUUGCGCAGGCAGGGUAUGACCAGUCCACGCUGCGACGUUUCUGCGCAGCUCUCCCCGAAGAUCGAAAGAUUGCCGGAUUGGACGUCAGUGCCAGCGUGCUUGCCGGGGAAUCUCACUACAAGACUUAUGUCAUAGAGUCGUCUGGUGCAAGGUUGACAUGGAUGUCGAGCCUUGAGGUUCUAUCCAACUUCGUCUCGUCACUUCGUCAGAACAAGGACGAGGUACUGGCGCCCGAAUACGUGGUGAUCAACCAGGGCCAGAAGUUCCUUGCAGAAGUUCAGCUGCCUCCGAGAUCGCCUAUUACCAGCAUGACCGGCUUCCCUCACAAGAACAAACAAGCAGCACGUUGCUCGGCUGCGUUCGAGAUGUGCAAGGAGCUGAUCAAGAAGAAGUACAUCGAUCAUCACUUGAACCCAACGUUUGUCAAGAAACUCCCCGUCAUGCGCAACGCCAGACUUGCUGUCAGCUCCAAGAAGAGUGCGGAGUACAACAUGCGGUCGAAGCCAGGCAUCUGGGCCAAGUUGGGCCCCGUCGACCUGCUUUACGUCACUGUCCUGAAGCUUGAGACGCCUGAAGCUAUGGGUCGGGCCUCGCGACCUUUGAUUCUCCUCACGAGAGAGCAGUUUCCUGAUCUUCCCGCCAUUCCGCUGUUCUUUGGCAACGAUCAACGCUCGGAAGUCCACCCUGUUUCCUUGCCCUUCCCUGUGAAAGUGACCGCUGACGACGCUGAAGCUCUGAAGGAGUUCACCUUCCGCGUCUUCAAGGACGUUUUCAGCAAGGAGUAUGAGGCACCCAUCGCCGAUGUACCCUACUUCCUUGCUCCGACUACUGUCUCCCACUCAGUCAAACUUUCCCAGAUUGACGAUGCCGCCUCGCUGGUUGACUGGAAUCAUCUUCGGGAAACAAGGGGAAAGGAGUACUUGGAGUGGGACGAUGAUACCCCGCAUGAGUUCUUCCAGGACAAACUUGUCACUGAUCCCUAUUCAGGAUCUCGCAAGCUGUAUUUACGUGGAGUUCGAAAGGACAUGAAACCCAUGGACAUGGUUCCUCCCGGCGUCCCUGAUCCUGGCCACAAGUCGUGGAAAGACAAGGACGUGGAGAAGAACAUCACUGAGUACAGCGUCAGUCUGUGGGCAAGAAGUCGAAAGAAGAGAACUUGGCGACAGACUCAGCCGGUUGUUGAGGCUGAAGUUGUCUCCCUGAGGCGCAACCUUCUCGACGACUUUAUGCAAGAUACGGCAGAAGAGUCGCGCAUCUGUUGGGUCAUUCUGGAGCCGAUGAGAGUUUCGACUCUUCCGAUCGAGACAACGGUCAUGGCGUUUGCGUUCCCCGCCAUCAUCCAUCGAAUUGACUCUGUCAUGAUCGCACUUGAUGCAUGCAAGCUGCUGGAACUCGAAAUCCGUCCUGAUCUAGCGCUUGAAGCGAUGACGAAGGAUUCGGACAACAGCGAUGAGCAUGACCAAGAGAAGAUCAACUUCCAGAGCGGCAUGGGAAAUAACUACGAACGACUAGAGUUCCUCGGCGACUGCUUCUUGAAGAUGGCUACGACAAUCGCCAUUUUCACGUCCAGGCCAGAUGACGACGAGUUUCAGUACCACGUCCAGCGAAUGCUUCUCAUCUGCAAUCAGAACCUUUUCAACAAAGCAGUUGAUAGGGGCCUUCAGGAAUACGUGCGCUCACAGUCUUUUGAUCGCCGUAGUUGGUACCCCCAAGGGUUGACCCUCAAGCGAGGAAAGCAGGGAAAACCCCUCAGCACCCACGCGCUCGCGGACAAGUCCAUUGCUGAUGUCUGCGAGGCGCUCAUUGGUGCAUCGUAUCUCACUUAUGCAGACUCUGGUGACUUCAACAUGGCCAUUCGCGCAGUGACUGCCAUGGUCAAGGAGAAGAGUCACCGCAUGAACGUCUGGACAGACUACUACGCCGCAUACAACCCCCCGACUUGGCAGUUCAGACAGGAGACAGCGAUGCAACGCGAGGUCGCGAGCCAGAUCAAGGAAACUAUGGGAUACGAGUUCAAGUCCCCUGCCCUGUUGCGGAGUGCUUUCAAGCACCCCUCUUACCCGAGAGCGUACGACAACUUGCCAAACUACCAGCGCUUGGAGUUCUUGGGCGAUGCGUUGCUUGACAUGGUCUGCGUCGACUUUCUCUUCAACAAGUUCCCCAACGCAGACCCCCAGUGGCUCACCGAGCACAAGAUGGCCAUGGUCAGCAACCAGUUCCUCGCCAGUCUGUCUGUGAAGCUGGGCUUUCACAAGCACAUGCUGGUCAGCACUUCCUCAAUGUUCAAUCAGAAGGAGGAGUACGUGUCCUCGCUCGAGUUCGCAAAGGCCGAGGCCGAGGGCGAAGACGGCAUGUUCUCUCAGGACUACUGGACCGCCGUCAAGCAUUCCCCCAAGUACCUCUCCGACAUUCUCGAGGCGUACGUCGGCGCCAUCUUUGUCGAUUCGGAGUACAACUACGACGAGGUCCGCAAGUUCUUCGACAAGCACAUCCGUCCCUUCUUCACCGACAUGGCUCUCUACGACUCGUUCGCAAGCCGCCACCCGGUCACGAAGCUCAGCAACCUCCUCAGCGAGGAGUUCGGCUGCAUGGAAUGGCGCCUGAUGGUGACCGAGGUCGCCCCCGGAGUCGAGGAGGGAAUCGGUGCCCUCACGGACACCAAGGUUCUCUGCGGAGUAAUUCUGCACGGCGGUGUUCGUUUCCACGCGACUUCAGAGAGCGGACGAUACGCCAAGGUCGCGGCUGCGAAGGUGGCUCUUGCCAGCCUGGAGGGUAUGAGUGCAGAGGAUUACAAGCGGGAAUUCGGUUGCACCUGCAAGGCGGAGGAGGGAGCGGGCACUGUUGACCAUGGCACUGCGGUUUAG